UUUAAUCUGAAGUGUCGGUAAAUAUGUUACAGAGGUAAAAAUCAGGCCAUCCAUUGCUAUAUAAAGGGUAGCUAGCAAUAACACUCUCCUCAAACCUUAGAUAUACUUUAAUAUGGCUUCGAGCUCGAAUUGGACAGCAAAACAAAACAAAAGAUUUGAGAACGCAUUGGCAAUGUUGGAGAAGGAUACUCCAGAUCGUUGGCAGAAGGUGGCUAGAGCUGUGGGAGGAAAGACAGUUGAAGAAGUGAAGAGACAUUAUGAGAAGCUUGUUGAAGAUGUGAAGCUGAUUGAGGAAGGUCAUGUUCCACUGCCUAAGUACACAAAUAAUGGUUGCAAUUACAUGAUGGAUCAAGAAAAAAGGAUGAAGGCUCUAAGUCUCCAGUAAUGAUUAUGAAGGACUUGUUCAAUAAAAUAUUACAUUUGCCAUAUUUUGUUUCUCUCUGUGAAGUAACAGGGCCAUGUAUUUGUAUUUCCUGUAUUUCCGUAUACAAUUGUAAAAAAAUAAUGCAUUUACUAUA